UGUUUUCCUGUCUGCCUUGGGCUCGGACUCCCACCACUAGUGCUUUCAUGACUCGAGCUUUCUUACAAUGGAAACUUGCAGAUUGACGGAUCUGGACAUGAAAACCAUGUGUGAUCCCAGAAACUGUCUUUCUAUUUAAAGGGUGAAAUAAGAUUGGCAUACAGAAACAAGAAUACUAUGGAGACAUCGGAAGUGAACAAGAAGAGCUUUGAGAAUGAGAUCCAGGCACCGACAGAGGCCCGCCACCAGAACAUUGUCAAGCUCCAUGGCUUCUGCACAAGUGGUGACUACAUGUACCUAGUGUAUGAAUACCUGGAAAGGGGAAGCUUGGGCAAGACAUUGUAUAGUGAGGAAGGCAAGAAGAAGCUUGACUGGGGUAUGAGGGUGAAGGUGGUCCGAGGGGUUGCCCAUGCUUUGGCCUACCUGCACCAUGACUGCAACCCAGCAAUUGUUCACUGGGACAUCACCGUGAACAACAUCUUGCUUGAAUCAGAAUUCGAGCCGCAGUUAUCUGAUUUUGGCACGGCAAAGCUUCUUGGUUCUGCCUCCACAAACUGGACUUCUGUAGCAGGAUCGUAUGGCUACAUGGCUCCAGAAUUGGCAUACACAAUGAGGGUCACAGAGAAAUGUGAUGUGUACAGCUUUGGAGUUGUUACUCUAGAGGUGAUGAUGGGGAAGCAUCCUGGUGACCUCUUAACCUCCCUGCCAGCUAUCUCUGCUUCAAAAAAAGAUGACCUAUUACUCCAGGACAUACUAGACCAGAGGUUAGAUCCUCCAACGGGAGAGCUUGCAGAAGAAAUUGUGUUUGUCGUGAAAAUUAUGCUGGCUUGCACAAGGGCAAAUCCUGAAUCACGGCUUUCCAUGCGAUCAGUGGCUCAAGAGAUAUCAGCUCAUACUCAGGCAUGUCUUUCUGAACUGUUCCGACAGAUCACAGUGAGCAAGCUAACAGAUUACAAGAAGUAAUGUUUGCCUGUGCAAAGGUGUGCAGCUCAACAAGUUAAAUUGAAUGAUGCACUCAUGCACAAGUUGCACAGCUAUUGUUUUUGAAGAAUGCUGUUUGAGAGGAGUAAGUUUCUCUCAGUUUUAAUGCCAAAGACAAGAGUUAGAAAAGUAUAUUGGUAUAACUGCUUCAUAGGUAGUGAGCUCAUUCUGAAGAUUGUCAAUGGCAAAAAAGUAAUUACUGAAAGUUAGCAUACUUCGAAUUCAUUGUGCUUUGUUCUUUUUCCACCCAUCAAGGGAUAAACAUGUAAGAUAGUAGAAAAGCAAGAACUGUAAGAGAAGUGUUCUCUAACCAGUUUCCUUUUUCUUCUCGAUGUGAGUGAGAAGAGUUCUCUGAAUGGAUAACGAAUUUAUAUGGGGCACGGCUUGAAUAGCUUCGAGUAAAUAUUGCAUAAAAAAUUCCAUGUAACACAUGCUGAUGGAUACAGCAACAAAAUAUUAUUAGGAAUUAAGGAAUACUUAUUAGAAAUUCCUAUAUAACAGUUGACUGUAAUUCUUUUGGACUUGUUCUCAAUACCACAUUUUACUACAAAGACAACAAAUGUCCUACCAUACUUGAGGAGUGAAAACAGUUUGUAUUAUACAUGAAUAGUGGAGAACUUAGCAUACCUUCAUUCUUCAAUUUGUGCUGUAGAAAAUAUAGCUACAGAGGAGAUCAUUGACUCAUUGUUUCCUUUUGAAAGAAAUCAAUUGAUAUGCUGCAACUUUAGCAUAAUCUUAUUUCUCUUAAUGAAAAGCGUGCUAAGGCACGUUUGUAACUUUAGCAUAAUCUUGUACUGUAUGUGAUCAACAAAGAAAACUGAAGACCUUUACUUUGCAUCCCAAACUAUAGCCAACGUACAUCAUCUGCAAACAUGUUUGGGACCAUGACAAGCUUGCAGCACCUCAGUUUGGCUGGCCAUGAACUUGUAAUUCUUCGACUGAAUACAAAUGUUGUUCGUGAUUCUUGUUUGAACCCUCUUGUUAAUCUCCACGUCUAUUUCGAUUCACUUAAUGAAAACCAAUGUUUUGCAUUUUUCCUUUUGAAUUUUGUUCAUUCCUUUCUGCUGGGAUUUUGCAAUAUGUGGAUGACCAUGGACCACAAGUCCUAGUUGGGGAUUUUCUUGUGUUUUGCCCUGUUUUGGCCUCAGCUUCCGAGGGAGAUUUAGAGUAUGAUGUCUAGGACAUAGCGAACAUCACGCAUGACCAUCUACAUGAUCCAUCCCACGAGCUCCUCAAAAUCUCAACUUUUUUCUCACCUUCAUAACAUCAGUCUUCCAAAAGGUGGCAAUUUUUUGAGGAAAAUUUGACUGAUUUGUUGGAAUAUUUUUUUUGAAUGCCUGCAAAGUUCCAUUGCAUUUGGAGUUGAUUUGAUUUAGUUUUGAUAAACUUUGGAAAUGAUUGGCUUUUGUCUGCUCUGAACUCAGACCUGCGUGAAUUAGAAUUUUGGCGUGGUGAAGCUGCUUCGAUCUGCUUCCACAAAUUGACUCAUGUAGAUGGAUCAGAUGGCUACUUAUUCAUACAGCACAACCUUUUGCAAUUCAACUUACAAGAAUAAUGUCUUCAUGCUAUGAGAAAGCAGUAGUUCAGACAAUUCCAUUCUCAUUCAGCCUUUUCGCUUGACAGUGUAUCCUGACAAAGCAUACUAACUUGUGGCAGCUUGAUUUUACUCUUGCAGAAUCCGGCAUACGUAAUGAGGGUCGCAGAGAAAUGUAAUGUAUUUGCUCUAGAGGUGAUAAUGGGGAAGCCAUCUUGGCGACCUUUGAUAGAUGAUGAAAUCUUUUUCAAGAUCCUCAAUUAUGAAAAUUAGUCUGUAGCCAACUUAAUUGUUGCACUUUAUUCCUUGGCCGGCCUAAUUCCUUAUUGUUCUUCCACUGUGUAGGGCUAGAUAAGUAACUGUAAUAUAGAUAGUAGUAAAUCAACAACUUUAAGAGAAACUACCCUUUCGCCACUUUCUUUUUUUUGUUACUCUUUUUUUUUGUGUGUGUCGAGUUCUCUAAAGUUUUUUAGAUGAUGGAAGCCGCAGCUCCCAGGAUAAAUUUUCCUUGAAUGGAUUAUGGGUAUAUCCUUCACUUCUUGAGAAUAGUUUCAUGUACAUGGUCUUUUCAUAAUAGUAGCACAGAUCAAGUAUAUUAAAAUAAGGACUUGUUAUUUUCUGCCAAGAACAUAUCCGAAAGGAGCAUAUAUGUAUUUAUUGAAAUUAAUAUAUAACAAAAAGUUGACUAGAAUCCUUGCUGAUUUCUU